AUGCAGAGGUCCCCAGCACGACUUUUCGAGAUCACCGGUAAAAUCAGCGUGGAUGAUGUUGUCGCAAAAAGUGGGCCAGGAUGGAGAAGUGGGAUCAAUGUUGCAGUCCCAAGCCUCAGAGCGAAAUACCCUCGUGCGACAACUGCCCAGUUCAAGUAUCGCCUCUUGUCCGGGGACCGCUUGUUGUCUCAAUACAUGAGUCCAAAGCAGCGUUCGCCGGCCUCUUUCGACUGGUAG